AUGGCCGACGAUCCCCUGGACUCGUCCUCGUCGGCGUCCGCCGCCGCCGCUGCUGCCGGCGGAGUCUCCUCCGCCCCCGCCCCAGCGCUCCGGCCCCGGAGGGAGCCAUUUGAGUACGGGCUCCUGCCGAUCCCCAAGCUGGUCUUCCCGGAGGGCACGCUGACGCAAACCCUAUCCCAGCUGAAGGAGAGGCUCGCGCCGGGGGGACCGCGGGUGGGCGCCGCAGCGCUCGCUGAGGCGCUGCAGAUCCCCGCCGAGCAGGCGGCGCUGGCGCUCGGGACGCUCGCUGCGGUGCUACCCGCGGAGGAUCCGGAGCUCGGCGAGGACGGCGCGGGGAAUGCCGACCUCCGCGACCUGCUGCUUUUCCUCUACAUCCAGUCCUACAAGCGCCUCGUGCCGCGCGCGCACAAGGACUCGCCCGCCGUCGCGGAUGUUUGGCCGUCCACCUCCGCCUUCGAUGGAUACCUCUCCGCGCUAUCGCCGAUCCAGUUUGUACGCAGCAAUAGUCGUCGUUUUAUGCCUUCACAAGCAGAUGAAGAAGCUCAUCAACUAUCGUAUUUACAAAAGCAUAUGGCCAACAUUCUAACACUUUUAGCAGAUUCUGUUGAUGGAGGGGGAGAUGAUUCUAUGGUAUUGACAAUGGAGACUUUUGAGCACCUUGGAUUUUUGUUGCAGCUCUCUGAAGGAACUCCUUUAAGUGAAGCAGCUACCUUUUUUGCGAAUUCAGAUCCAGACAUGCCUGCUGCUCCUGUACCUGCUGCUCUGGUACAUGAUUGGAUCUUGCAGCAUAUAGCUUCAGCAUUAGAAUUUAUGACAGAGAAGUCUGCGGCAAAAGAAAACAGCCAACAUAAUGUGUUUGAUCCUGAUGUCACAAUGUCUGAUGCUGUCACGAAUACAAGAAUCCAUAGCAGCUCACCAACUGGCACUUCUGCACCAAACUAUCCCGGAUACUACCGAAAUGCAUCAUUUGUGGAGGGUUGCUCUAAAACUUCAGUUGUCAAACAAGCAUCGGAUCUGAAAGGGCAUUCAAUAAAGGUUUUGAACUGCCAUGAUUCUGUCAUUUACAUUUUAGCCCCACUUAAGUACGCAACCGUCUACGGAUGUUCUGACACUACCAUUAUUCUUGGUGCUAUUGGUAAGGUUGUUAAAGUGGAGCAUUGUGAACGUGUACAAAUUAUUGCAGCUUCAAAACGAAUUUGUAUUGCCAAUUGUCGUGAAUGCAUCUUCUAUUUGGGAGUAAAUCACCAACCACUUAUUGUGGGGGACAACCAUAAAUUACAAGUUGCCCCAUUUAAUACUUAUUAUCCACGACUCGGAGAGCAUUUGGCACAAGUUGGUGUGGAUCCUAAUGUCAACAAGUGGGACCAACCUUUUGUGCUGGGAGUUGUUGAUCCGCAUGAUUCGUUAUCCCAUCCUGCUGGGGUUUCUGAUGUCCAGGCUGAGUCUGCCACUUGUCUAGAUCCUGAUCUAUUUACGAACUUUUUGAUUCCUAGUUGGUUUGAAGUAGAAGGACCUACCAAAUACAAUCCGUUUACCUUGCCUGAAGUUUAUUGGGCAUCCCAAAGGAAAAAGCGUGCUUCUCUGGAAGAUAUUCAAAAGAAUAUCCGGGAACUGGAGAUUGAUGAUAACCGGAAGAAAGAAUUGGCAUGUGCCCUUCAUGCUCAAUUCAAAGAUUGGUUAUAUGAAGUUGUAAGGUGA